AUGAAGAAGACACUCUCCCCACACAUUCUGCACCCAUUAAAAGGAGGAUUUUCCCAUCCCAAGGGAAAGUCGGAGAAGAGGAGAAUAAAAGCAAGAAAGUUGCAGAAGUCUGACUCUGACUCGGAACUCGAUCUGUUUGAGGAACAGAGGCGACGGAAGCGCCAUCGUUCAAAACAGCGCCAUCGUUCAAAACAGCACCAUCCUGCAAAACAGCGCCAUCCUUCAGAACUACAAUACCACAACCAAAAAAGGAUCGAAGCAGCCUGUAAGAUCCAGGCGUUUUGGCGUGGAUUCCUGUUGAGGCAAAGUCUGUUGUUUGCCGCCCUGAGUGCCUGGGUGAUUCAGUGCUGGUGGCGAAACAUCCUCCACAGGCACAUCCUCAAGAGGCGGCUAGCCCUGCUGAGGAUAUAUGUCAUCGAGGAAGAGGCAGCAGUCAGGCUCCAGGCCUGGGUUCGUAUGUGGAGGUGCCGUCGCUAUUUCAGUCAAAUCUGCAACACGCUCUGUGUGGUCCAGGCCCUCGAGAGCAGCCUGAUUUUCCAGAAAAACGACAUUUUGCAGGUUCAGUAUGGAGUUGUCUCCAAGCAGCCAGAGUUCCACAUUGAAAUCCUUUCCAUUUAA